AUGCGCUUGACAUUGGCUAUUCUGGUGAUGAUCGUUCUGAUCGCGGUGGCCACCGAUGCCCAAAGGAGUCAGAGGAAAACCAAUGCUAGGACCUUGGCGACUGGGACAUCACGUAGGUCAAGGGCCGGAACGACUCGUACUAGGGCACGGGCGGGAACCGUAAGAGGGAGAUCGGUUAAUGGACGCAACUCUCGACGGGUGAUCGUCGUCAAUACCGGAAGUAGCUCCACCAGCAGCAGCAGCUCCUCCAGGCCUUCUUCUCGCUGCAGUACAACCAGCUGUUCUUCCAACGGAAAUGUCUGCGGCAGGUGGGCCAAUACCCGCAGGUGUCGACGUUUUAGGAACGACUGCCGUCUGGAGGCAACAAACUGCAACACGAGUGUGUCUAGCUGGAAUGUAGUCAACAUUGGCAAUUGUUCGAGCAUUGCUGUAAACACUACUGGCACCUGUGUCAGUACCUUCUCAACAUCCUCCUCUUCAUCUUCCACGAGCUCCACGCUGUCCAACAUACUUUCCUCCAUAUUGGGUUCAUCAUCUUCUUCUUCGAAUAUUACGCCCAUUAUCAUACGCAGAGGCUGA